AUGCAUUUAGAUUCAGGUUCAGAUUCAGGUACAGAUUCAGGAAGUGAUUCAAGCUCAGAUUCAAGUACAAACUUCACUGCAGAUUCAAGCCAUGAUUCAAGCUCUGAUUCUGAUUCUGAUUCUCAACGACCGCCGCCUCUUUCAAAUACAAAGAUCAAAUCCAUGCUAGAAAUAAUGGUUGGAGUUCAGCCUCAAGUUAUCAUCGAUAUUAAAGAGUUACAAAGCUUUGUUGACAGAAAUUAUUUAAUUAAGAUAAAUUAUAGUGGUAUGUUAGAGUCUGCCUUUGCAGCUGAUAAUACUUCAGCAGACGAAGAAUCAAGUACGAUAGUGCAGGAUAAUGCCAGUCAACGUUAUGUCUUGAAAAUUUUAAAUAGUAGUGAUAGCCGAAAUAUCAAUACAGCACUCGCUAGAUUACACGCCAUGAAAUAUUUGUAUUCUCUUGGUAUUAAGUGUUGCAAUCCAAUGACAUUAUUAGACGGUGAGCUGACGCUCAAAUUACACCUACCAGUGCAGGAAGUGGAUGAUGCUGAUGAUAGAGAAACUACUAGAGAGUAUAUUGCUUACUUAAUGAAUUAUGUAGAAGGUGAAAUACUGUCCAAAGUUGAGCCAAACCUUGAUAUAUUUUGCAAAGUUGGAAAAUAUGCGGCUGUCCUAGAUGGGCAUUUGCAGUCUUUUUCAGACGAUCAUUUAAAGAAUUACCACGAGGUUCCAAACCUACGAACAGCAGUCAUUCACAAUGAUCUAAACGAUGAUAAUCUUUUGAUAAAAUUAAAUACGCAUACAAAUUCAUAUGAUAUUGCUGGAGUCAUCGAUUUCGGCGAUGUUGACCACACGACAUUAAUUUUUGAAUUAGCAAUUUUAAUCAUUCACAUGAUGGUUACAUGUAAUGAUAAUCCUAUCGAAUUGGCUGGACAUAUUAUCUCAAGUUAUCAUUCAGUGUUACCGUUGACUAAAGUAGAAUAUAAUGGAUUAUACAUGGUGGCGCUGGCUAGAUUAGUUCAAGUAAUUGUGCUAUCAGAGUACGAGCAUAAACAUAGCCCCGAUAACGACUAUGUCAUGUAUCAAUAUGAUGCGUUUUGGUCACUACUAAGCAUCAUAUGGGAUGAAUGCGCGCGAAUAUGCUACGUGAAUGAGUUACAAAAAAGUUCAUUUGUCGAGAAAUUACGUUGUAAUUUAAUAAUAUUUCAAGCUCCGUAUAUUUUAGUCUUUGGUGAUAAACUAAGAGAUUGA